GUAGAGUCAUUCCUGCCAUUUUCCAGGUUUAAUUUGAUGCGAAUCUAAGGAAGCUGCCGAAACGAAACCCCCCGUCACCUCCUAGACAGGAAUUCAGUGUUCCGAGCCUCCUUGCGUGUGGUGCCGUUGAAGGGAUUUUGCCGUGGUGCACCACCACCAACAGCAACACGCAGCCCGGCUUGAUCGACCGACCGACCGACCGACCGACUCGAUUGAGAAAGGGGCGCUGGGUUUGCGACGGAUACUGAUAUCAAAGCGGGGAUUGAUGGAUGCCGUGAAAACCAUGUCUCGGACGCGGUCGUCUUCGUCAUGGUCGCUAUCUCUUCUUUUGUGGAUAGCCAUGGCCGUGGUGGCGCCGGCUCGGGCUUGGGACCACUUUACCCCCCAAGACCUUGAACAGGCCCUGGCGGGUGGCGAAUUUGCUUUGGUUGCUUUUGUGUCGAACGACGAACCAAAAAGCGCAUCGCUCGAGCCAGAAUGGCUGGCAGCAGCCGCCGAAAGCACAGAGCGUCUCCUGAGCGUCGACUGUGUCUUGGCCGCAGAGACAUGUGCUCGCUAUGACAUCGCUUCGUAUCCUUCGGUCGUGCUGUUCUACUCCGGAAAGCCUGUGUCGCUCUAUCGGGGCGCGCGUCAGGCUUCUGCGCUCCUGAACUUUGCUGCCAGGAGGAAGCAGCCCGCCAUUCCUGAAGCUGUUGAUGCCGGCAGCAUUACUGCCUUCAAGGUUGCUGACGAGAUCGUCUUUAUAGCCUUCUUGGACCCCCAAGACCAUGCAUCAGCAACCGAGUUCUCUGAAGUCGCCGCUAGGUAUCGCGACGAGUUCCUUUUUGGUACUGCCAAAGACGUCUCUGUUGCCGAGGCCGAAGGCGUCAAGGCGCCAGCGGUGGUGUGCUACAAGCCGGCCGAUGGGCAUUCCGCAACCUUUUCAUCGCUGGACAGCACUGGCAAGCUGGACGCCUGGGUGCAGGAAACCUCGAGGCCUGUCCUUGGGGACUUGACGCUGUGGAAUCGGCAGAGGCUUCUCGACCGAGGCUGGCCCAUGGUUUACCUAUUCGCCCCCACCGAGAGCGAGCGGCAAGAGCUGCGGCAGACGCUGUACAAGUUUGCUAAGAGCUACUACGAUUCGCUGACAUCUGUCAUGGUCGACCCUCUCGAGUUUCCUGAUCUGAUGGGCCAGAUGGGCCUUGGCGCAAACGUCUUCCCUGCUGGUGCCGUUCACCAACUGUCAAAGGACCGCAUCUAUCGGUAUCCCAGAGACAAACCUCUAGACUCGAGAGGCAUCCAACAGUGGGGGCUCGACGUCUACCAGGGCCGCAUCAAGCCGUGGACGCCGCCCGGCGUCACGACGACGUAUGAAGAUCUCGGCCCGACCAGGGUGGCCACUGGAAGAGUGUCGCUCAGAAGCCUUCCAGGCAUGAAGAUCAAGAUUUCGGGACACGACGAGCUUUAGAUUCUAUCGGAACAGAAGUCUGCUGGACUAUAAAAAACACUGGGUAGUUUUGACGAGCAAUACCGGUAAAUAUCAAGGAGGUAGGGCUUUGGUAUUCUCU